UCUCAUUUCUCCGUCACCGUGUUCCUUGCCUCCCCUUUGGCCGGCAGGCUAUCCAAGAGCGUUUAUAGGCUAUUUUUUACUUUUUGGUUCCGGUCUGACGCCAUAGAUCCGGCAUGCUACUGCGUCAGAUAGACGGUCCUGCCUCGGAUGAGUGCUCCUAUGGCGUCGUGGAAGGGCCGCACAGCAAUGGAGGAUGCCAUGGUCGCCAGUCGGUUAUCUAACAGCGUCGAUCGGCUAUUUUCCUUUUUGGUUCCGAUCUAACGCCAUAUAUCCGUCAUCAUACUGCGUCAAAUCGACGCUCCUGGCUACGAUGAGCGCUCCUAUGGCGUCGGCCGGUGUCUGGAGGGCAGAUCUGGUACGCACCCCUGGAUCAGGUUCUAAUAGAGACACAGGUCUCGGUUUCCUACUGCUUCUUAUCGUCGAUCGGUGUUCCUAGGUUCCAGUGCGGCCAAUGAUCCGCAAUGGUUCCUGUUGGGGAUGGACAAUGUCGACGUCUACGUUUUAGUGAGUGUUCGUGUUCCAAGAAACUGUAGGGAAGAAAAUGCUUUUUAUGUGUAAAUUUUGGAAUAUUGAUUUCAUAUCUGGUGAAUCUAAUGAACUCAGUUUCCUGCCUUAUUGUUAUGUUGUUUAAUUGACUAGUGAAUUCGUGAGAAAAUGGAAUGGCUGCCAUAAGAACCUAGCUUUAAAAUUCAUGAAAAAUGGUAGUAAGAUGUUGUUAUCCUUCACCUGUUCGUUUUCCUGAUAACAAAUCUUGUUUUCACGCAUUUUUGUUUACUGGAAAAUUGGAAUGGCUGCCAUAAGAACCUAGUGUUAAAAUUCAUGAAAAAUGGUGGUAAGAUACUAAGAUGCUGUUUUCCUUCACUCGUCUGCAUUUUCCUGAGUUUGUUUUAUUUGUGGUUAUCCUUUUAACUGUUUGAUAGCCAAGAACAAUGUGGGAAAGAGCAUGGAAUUUAAUAAUAGUUCGAUUGCCUUUGUUUUUUCUUCUGUUGUUGAAAAUUCGUAGGAAACCAAUAUAUAAUUGCAAAUUUUAGUCCUCCACCUCAGGUGUAUGCUAGAACUGAUAAGUUUAUAAUUUUUUUAUACCAAUGCUUCCUAUUUUGUACUUUCAGUUGCUUGACAUAUGGAAUUAUGAUUAUUUGAAGGUGAAAACUUGAAUCUUCUUGUAAUUAGCAUUUUCAUUGUAUACUUUGUUGUUUGGGGAAGUAGGUGGAAGGUUCUUGUUCUGUCUGGUUUCAAACAAUAAUUAAUACUUUAUGAUGUUAUAUUUUAAAUUCAUUUUUCUAAUCCAAAGAUUUUUCUGAAAAUUUGAAUGGAGUUUUGAAGUUUCUUGGCUGCAGGGAGUUGAUUUUAUUACUGAUGACUUGUCAAUCUGUUUGUAGUUUGAAGGACAUUGCUUAAAUGCAGGAAAAUGAAGGAGGGGAAUCAUUGCCAUGGGACGAGCAGUCAUUUUUAUCUGGUGGAGAAUGUAAAUCGGGCAUUCUGAGUGAAUUUUUUUGAGGAGGUGGGUUUGUUUGGUCUUCUUGCACUUUUUCAAUUGUUAAUGAACAUGUUUCCUCUGGUAUAGCUUGACGUCUUCCUGUUCCAACUAAUUUUUUAUGAAAUAUGUACUUUGAGGGAGGGGGAUGGUCGUUUAAUAAUACAGUAAUGUAGUUUCUGCAUUCUUAAACUGGUAUUUUUCUUUUCACUUAGCUAAUGUCUUUUGAUAUUAUCUUAAUAUAUGCUGUUACUUCUGGGGUCAGUUUUUCCCUUUUUUUUUUUUGUUUGUCACCAUUCUUAGAAAAGUAUGUUUCCAAAUGUGAGAUAUUGGUUGAAAUGUUAUCUAUGAGACUUUCAUGUUCUAAGAAUUUUUUUUCAUUAUUGACUGAAUUUGCAUCAUGUGAAGAAGAUUGUAGAUGGGAUUUGAUUUAUUCUGAAAUAUGUAUAAGCCAUUAAUUUAUCAAGGAGUGUGAUGAAAUUACUCUUUGAGGUCAUCCCCAUCAGGGACCAAACCAUGCAUUCCACAGGUUCAGGCAAACCUUCCACUUGAA